AUGGCUAGGUUGAUGAGUGAGAGAUGGUGUUGCUCACCCGCUACCCUAUCCCUUUCAUUCUUGCCCGAUUUGGAAACUGCACUUCACUCUCACCUCUCAACACGAAUUGAAAAGUUUUUCUUUCGGCUAGCGUUUGCACAAACAAGAGUGAAUCCGCUCAUUUUAAAAAAUCCUCCUCCUCCUGUGUCAAAGCACUCUUUUCCUACAUCAAAGCACUUCCUUCUCCUCACAUUAAUCAAAGAGACAGAAGAACAGCGUCAGGCACGAAAUUCAUACAACUCAUGGAAGCGAUUGUUUGCUCGACUAGUCGAUAAUUCCAGUAUAAGGCGACAGCUCUGGGAAGGCGCGUUCAGUAUAUUGGAGGCAGGAGAUCGAGAUUGGCGCCAACGACUCCCUCAAGACCUUAAUGAAGACGAUGGAAUUGGACAUCGUCACAUCCUUGCCUUACUCAGCGCCAAUAUCAGUGGUACUGACAAUGAGACCUUCAUCAGCAAUGCCCGCAACUUCCUUCUUACAAUCACUCAUCCAUCCAUCCUGUGCUGUCUCGCUGUUGAUACCCAUGUUGAGCUCAUCUACAAUCUCUUUGGAGGAGUUGGUGGAAAGAGGGCUGUUUCCUUUCUUCGACGCCUUAUUGGGGCCAUAUUGGCAGCUUCGGCUACAGGAGCGACCAGGAACUCAACGGAGGACGCAAAAGCAACACUUCUUGCCAUGGCUGUUGCUCUAUUCGAGCUUCUCAGGCGUGAAUAUAGGGUGCACUUCAACGAUGAGAUUCCUUCGCUUGUCGAAUCUAUACAGACUGCCACAGAAGUCUCUAAAGACGAUGUUUCUUCAGAUUCGUUGGCACGCAUCUUCAACAAGCUAAACGACACUCGAGCCUUGUUAGCACGCUCUCAAGGUCUUCUUGCUGACAUGAACAUGGAUGAAAGCAAUGCAGCCGAUGAGUACAACAACGCAUCCUCCUAUCCGCGCGACCUGAUCGUGCCCUCCGGCCGUUUCGACAAUGACAAGAAAGACAUCGCUGACAUAGUCUUGUUUCCCACUCGAGAUGAGAUUAUGAGCGACGCAGAAGAAUUUCUUCCUUAUACCAACCCUGACCAGCCUCAUUUCCCCGAUGAUCCUGUACAGCGCCACAUCGAUACUUUCUUCAGGUUGUUAUGCCACAAUAUCUUUGGUGAGUUAAAGGGAGCUCUGGUAGGGGUAAUGCACACAAUAACUCAGGAGCCUACUGCACUAUGUAAUGCAAAGCUGAGCCUAGGGGACAUGCAGGCCAGAAAGGGUCUACAAGCACAGGUUGAGUUUGUUCAACCAGGCGCAGUUCGCAGAAAGUCAAGUGCAAAAAAAGAGAGAUGGUGGGAGGAACCGCGAAGGUUCAAUGAAGGAACACUACUUUCCUUUAUAUGGAUCGAUAAUUCUGUUACUCAGCACGUUUUUCUUACAGUUUCGGGAAAGACCACAGAUCCCGCAAAAGAAUACAGCCUGAGUCAUGGCAAAGAAAUGGCGUAUAUCACUGCAAGUCUGGCAACGCAAGAUCGGACCACCGUGAGGAGUCUCAUGCAAGCGCACACUGGAGCGGUUCGUGGCCUGCUGUUGGAGUUUCCCAACGUGAUACCUGCCACAUUUUCACCUAUUCUGGAGAAUCUGAAGGAGAUGCACCGCUUGAAUCGUCUCCUAUUCCAGCAGUGGAUCGUGCCUCGCAGACACGAAGGACAACCGGGGAAACGGGUGAUGUAUCAAAUCCCCCCGCCUUUGUACACACGUACUCCCGGCUUCAAAUUCUCUUUGUCGCCUCUGCUAAAGGACGAAAACAAGGGGAACCAGUUGCUAAUGGAUUCUAGGUCCUCAUGCGAUGGCGAAGUGUUACUUAAGAAGCUUGGAACCGCGACCUAUCUUGACCGUGGACAGUGCCAGGCUUUGAUUGCGGCGCUGACUCGUGAAUAUGCAUUCACCCAAGGUCCUCCUGGAACUGGAAAGAGUUAUCUCGGUCUCCAAAUCAUGAAGGUUCUUUUAGGUCUCAGCAAAAAGGCCAAUUUGGGGCCCAUCAUAAUAGUAUGCUACACCAACCAUGCGUUGGACCAAUUCCUAGAACAUCUGCUUAAUAUAGGUGUGACAAAACUCAUCCGAGUUGGAGCAAUGAGCAAGUCCGAGAAGUUGGAAGGCCACAAUCUCCGCUCUGUGAGCGACCUGGGGAUAAAGACGAAGUCAGAAAAGUACAUGGCGGCUGUGAACUACAACCGGCUUGAGAAGACGCAGAGAGAAGCCCAGAUUGUGCAGAAAGCAAACACGGAUGUAUAUUCGCUGACGACUCGGGAGCGAGGCGCUUUAGUCGCGCAUUGGAUUGAGGGAGCUCGAAGCAACAAAAUAGACGAGCUCUAUGAGAUGAUCAAUGAUGCUGCAAAAACUCAACAAGAGCUGACAAACGUACACGAAGAACUGAACCGACGAGUACUGGAAGAAGCGCAAGCCAUUGGUGUGACGCCAACUGGCCUUGCGAAACGAAUUGAUAUCCUUCAGCAAGUGAAGUGCAAAGUUAUCAUCUGCGAAGAAUCCGGAGAGCUCAUGGAAAGCCACAUGAUCUCCGCACUACUCCCUGAUAUGGAACACGUGAUCCAGAUCGGAGAUCAUGAGCAGCUUCGACCUUCAGUGAACAACUUCCCCGAUCUAUCACUCGAGAGUGAGCGAGGAAAGCUCCACCAGCUUGACAGAAGCCAGUUUGAACGACUCUGUGUUGGUGAGCCGGGACGUCCUUUGAUACCCAUAUCUUCAUUGAUACGUGAGACCAUCUACGGGAAACUCCAAGAUCAUCCUUCCACCACCUAUCUACCCGAUGUAGUUGGUAUGCGCCAGAACGUUUUCUGGCUUGACCACACAAACCUCGAAAACCAGGAGGAUGCACAUGCUCAUAUCAAUAAUUACAAAUCGAACUCAUGGGAAGUUGGAAUGGUGCAUGCACUAGUGCGACACAUUGUUCGCCAAGGAGUGUACAAAUCCGAAGUUAUCGCGGUAUUGAUGCCAUAUACCGGCCAACUUCAUAAGUUACGAGCCACUAUGAGGAGCGAUUUAGAGAUUUGCCUUAGUGACCGCGACAGGGAAGCAUUGGAGAACGACGGCUCCACAGUCGAUGACGUGACAUCUCAAGUACCAGCCGCAUCCGAACUUCGAUCAUAUCAAGGAAAGCCCUUGGAGAAGAAGCAGCUAUCCAAAAUGUUGAGAAUUGCUACUGUCGACAACUUCCAGGGAGAAGAAGCAAAGAUCGUCAUCGUGUCACUCGUACGAAGCAAUGAGGCACAGAAAGUUGGGUUCCCCAAACGACCAACCGUUAUCAACAUGCUUAGAGCCUCUGCCUGUGUCGGUAAGAGCCUGGCUCUGUCUUGCCCUAGACAUCCCGGAAUGCUUAUCAAAUUACAAGAACCAGAUGACUUUCAGAAAUACAGCCCUGAAGGUGGUUGUAUGUUGGCAUGUACUGAUCGUCUUGACUGCGGUCAUCGAUAUGGGGCUAGAUACCAUUCCGAAGCUAUGCAUGCACCAUGUGGUCAUUCAUGCCAAAAGGCCACAUGUGGAGAGCCUUGUGGGAAAUGUAUGGUAUUUUGGAACAACGUGCCGCUUCCGUGUGGCCAUCUUAAGCAUUCCGUUCACUGUUACCGCACCAAAAACGUCGCUAGCAUUGCUUGUGAUGUCAAGGUAUCAAAGGUAGUUCCUGGCUGCAAACACGAAGUAGCUGUUAAAUGCUCUCUGGAUGUUUCUAAAUCCCACUUCAAAUGCCCUACCCUAUGUGAGGCUCUGCUACCUUGCGGUCAUCCUUGCCCCGGAACCUGUGAUCAAUGCAACACCAAGGAUGCUCGUGAUGAGCCAUUGAUCAAGCACUCCACUUGCCGGAAGAUUUGUGGUAGGAAGUAUGGAACCUGCAGUCACAACUGCAAACGUCCAUCCCACGAUGGAACUGAUUGUGGCUUGUGUCAAAGCCCAUGUGAAGUCCGCUGCAAGCACACCAAAUGUGCAAAGAAGUGCCAUGAGAAUCGUACGCCAUGCACUGAACCUUGCGAAUGGUCCUGCGAUCAUCGAGGCAACUGCAAAAUGCCAUGUUCAGCACCCUGCGAUCGAUUACCCUGCGAUGAACGUUGCACAAAGCGUCUACUAUGUGGUCAUCAAUGUCCGAGUAUUUACGGUGAAGAAUAUCCUACAGAAUACUGUCAGCAAUGCGGUAUGAAAUCUGAAGAACAGCCAGACAUGAUCAUAAUGUCAAGUUACGCUGAUAUCAAUCUAAAUGAAUAUCCCAUCGUUGUCCUUGGCUGCGGCCACUUCUUCACAACCGAGACUCUAGAAGGCCAUAUAGGUCUCAAGGACAUAUACGAGGUUGACAAGAGAACAAUUGGGUUCAUCGGUCUGAUCGAGAAUUCCGAGCUUUCAGCAGCAAUCCCACAAUGUCCAAACUGCAGAGAACCUGUCAAACAGUUCGUGACACAGCGCUACAACCGUCUUAUCAACCGAGCUCUGAUUGACGAGAUAUCUAAACGUUUUGUCAUCAGCGGACAACAGACACUUCAGCUACUGGAAGACAGGCUUGCUGUUGAGCGGGCUAAUCUUGAAACCUCACGCACUGCUGUUGUUCCCAUAUCUCCUGGUUUGGGCACCAAUCAGGCUGUCAUCGAAAUGAAGAUGAAAUAUAUCUACGACAGCCUUCGAAACAGGUAUUCCAGCGCGGCGAUUUUGGUGGAAGAUGUAAGGUUGUUCCGCCACAGAGUGGAUGUUCAGCACAAACCAACGUACAAACUGUACCAAUCGAUUAUGCACAGUUACAAGAAGAAUGGCUCCCUCAACGACGAUCUUGCUCAGUUAUCCCUCAGCUCAUCCUCCAAGUAUCUGGAGCGCGACCGUGAUCAGCGCAUCACUUUAGGUGGCCACCUCCUCGAAAUCAAAGUGCAGAGUUUGCUACUUGAGGACAAAUUUGAAAUUGCACGAGUGGUACUCAAACAUGUAGGUGGAACAGUACCACUCAAAUUUAGUGGAGGUUCGCCUGUAACGAAGACGGAUUCCUUCCUUGAGGCAUGCGAGAAACUAAUCGGCGACUGUAUAUCUGGAUACCUCCCAAAACUCGCUGUUGAGACAUCCUUAUACUACGCCUGUAUUGCCCAACUUUUCAGCAGCUCUGUAAUGGCCAAGGACACCGAUCGCACUCGAGCAACCAACUACCGCAACACUGCCAAAUGCCAUUUAGAGCAAGCAGAAAAACUCUGCCAGAAUUCUUUCCGCGGCCGAGACAUCCUCCGAAAAGCAGUGCUCAGCUCAGCAGAGAUGCUAAAUAGGGAGUUCUACGAGAAAGUUUCAAAGGACGAAAUCGACGCUAUCAAACAGGCAAUGGUCAGUGGGCCUGGAGGUAUCGCAACGCACUCUGGACAUUGGUACGACUGUGUAAAUGGACACCCAUGCGGCAUGCCCAUUCAACUCGCACGCUGUCCGGAAUGCGGCGAGCCUGUCGGCGGCCAGAACCACACUGUCGUCAGGGGUGUUUCGUGCGCAACGGCGAUGGAGUAA